GAACGCACGAUGAUGACGCCAUUCGCCGAAAAAGCCUUUCUGACGUGUGUCUCUUUUAUGGCAUCUUUUCGUUAGUGCUUGUAUACGCUUCCGAAGUUCAACAGACGAGUGCGCGUGGAACUUCUUUGUUUAAAGUCAGCGUGUGUUCAUAAGAGGGUUUCCGGCUCUUGUACAAAAGACCUCUCUCCUUCAGGAAAUAUGCGUGAGUGUAUCUCGGUGCAUGUUGGACAGGCUGGCGUUCAGAUUGGCAAUGCCUGCUGGGAGCUUUACUGCCUGGAACAUGGAAUCCAGCCGGAUGGACAGAUGCCCAGUGACAAGACGAUUGGAGGUGGCGAUGACUCCUUCAACACUUUCUUUAGUGAGACUGGAGCAGGAAAGCACGUUCCCAGAGCUGUCUUUGUUGACCUGGAGCCCACAGUCAUCGACGAGGUGCGGACUGGAACCUAUCGACAGCUCUUUCACCCUGAACAGUUGAUCACUGGCAAGGAGGACGCUGCCAACAACUAUGCCCGUGGUCACUACACCAUUGGCAAAGAAAUAAUUGACCUGGUGCUGGACAGAAUACGGAAACUGGCUGACCAAUGCACUGGCCUUCAGGGGUUCCUGGUGUUCCAUAGCUUCGGUGGGGGCACCGGCUCCGGUUUCACCUCCCUGUUGAUGGAGCGUCUGUCUGUGGACUACGGCAAGAAAUCCAAGCUGGAGUUCUCCAUCUAUCCAGCACCACAGGUGUCCACGGCUGUAGUAGAGCCCUACAACUCCAUCUUGACCACACACACCACCCUUGAGCACUCUGACUGUGCCUUCAUGGUGGAUAAUGAGGCCAUUUAUGAUAUCUGCCGCAGAAACCUAGACAUGGAGCGUCCUACGUACACCAAUCUUAACAGACUGAUCAGUCAGAUCACUUCCUCUAUCACAGCUUCCCUUCGUUUCGACGGUGCCCUCAAUGUCGAUUUAGCAGAGUUUCAGACCAACUUGGUACCGUAUCCUCGUAUCCACUUCCCUCUGGCUACCUACGCCCCCAUCAUCUCUGCUGAGAAGGCUUACCAUGAGCAAUUAACUGUAGCUGAUAUCACCAACGCCUGCUUUGAGCCAGCCAACCAGAUGGUGAAAUGUGACCCUCGUCAUGGCAAGUACAUGGCAUGCUGCCUUUUGUACCGUGGUGAUGUGGUGCCCAAAGAUGUAAAUGCUGCCAUUGCGACAAUCAAAACCAAGCGCACCAUCCAGUUUGUGGACUGGUGCCCCACUGGUUUCAAGGUGGGCAUCAACUACCAGCCACCCACUGUGGUUCCUGGUGGAGACCUGGCCAAAGUACAAAGAGCUGUGUGCAUGCUGAGCAACACAACAGCCGUUGCAGAGGCCUGGGCUCGUCUCGACCACAAGUUUGAUCUAAUGUAUGCCAAACGAGCUUUUGUUCACUGGUAUGUGGGCGAAGGGAUGGAGGAGGGUGAGUUCUCUGAGGCCAGAGAGGACAUGGCGGCUCUCGAGAAGGACUACGAAGAGGUCGGGGCUGACUCAGUUGAUGAUCAGGGAGAGGAAGGAGAGGAAUAUUAAAAGGUGCAAAGGAAAAUGAUCGCACGAAAUGAUGCUUGAUUAUUUAUGAUCCUGAAUGUGUUUGCUGACCAGUUUGCUCAAAACAGAAAAUGAGUUAGAUCACUCGAAAUGCUAACGACCCUUUUUUUUUUGUAUUUUUUUUUUUUCAAAAUCCGUUAUUCGUGUUUGACAAAUAUUGCCUAUUAAAGUAUCAUAGCAACCUUGUGAUCUGUAAA